CGUUGUUCAGGAAGUUAUAAAGGCGUUAAAGAACUUGCGCUUAGAUAGUGCUGCCAUCUCUUGGUAUAAUAAUUAAUCAAAAUGCCGGUUAAAGAAGAAUUAGAGAAGGACGCCCGAAAAGAUAAAAAUCAAGAGAAAGAAAAAGAAAACGAAAUUGAUAUAUAUCGAGAUACGCCCGUAAGAUUAUUAGGAUACGCUAACGAAGUGGGGGAGUCGUUUCGAGCACUUAUUCACGUCCGUCUCGUACACGCCAGCUAUGUAGUGGCUAGUGGUUAUGUAUUAAUGGAUACUCUAGAUAAAGUCAAGAAAGUUAAAAAGAUUAUACCUCCAACAGAUCCUACUUAUAACAGAAGGAUUACCAGUGUAGCUAUGGAUACUUUACUCUGGCAGAGUUUAGCAUCAGUUAUGAUACCUGGUUUUACAAUUAAUAGAAUAUGUGCCUCAUCCUUAUAUUUGUUUCGAAAAUUUUCAAAACUGCCCAUAAAUGUCCAGAAAUGGACGACAACUGCCAUAGGACUCGGAUGUAUUCCGUUUAUUGUGAAACCGAUUGACAAAUUUGUCGACAUUUUAAUGGACAAUUCUGUCAGAGCAUGGUUUGACACUGCCAGAAAGAGUGGACCUUCCCAUUAAUGGAUAUUGAUUUAGUGCAGAACAAUUUAAUUUAAAAUAUAAAAUAGAAGGAGUUAAAUUGUGAUCUUCCAUGAUUUUAGGAGAAGUGUGUUCAAUUUAAAUUAUGAGAAUAAAAUAAUGAGUUAGUGCCUUA